GCGAAUCACCCCAGACUUGGUCCUUUUACCGGGGAAACUCAAUUCUGGAGUAGCCAGAAUACAUAAGAUCAUGCGCACCACCCAGUUUGAACAUAACUUUGGACUUGGUCUCCUUCAAUCACUCAAACUUUGCCUUAUCUUUCUGCUCUUGCCAUUUCAUAUCAUCCACACCGGCUAUGCGCUCGUUCCUUGGUCGGGGCAAGACCCUCCAGGUCGGUUUGACGGUAUGCUGCUUGAUUGCCUUUGUGCUGUUUGGCUAUGACCAGGGCGUCUUUGGUGGAAUCUUGGAGAAUGAAAACUGGUUGGACCAGUUCAACCAUCCUUCCGAUACGAAGACCGGUAUCAUCGUUAGUUGUUAUAACCUCGGAUGUUUUGCCGGGUGUCUCGUUAACUACGUGAUUGGGGAAAAGCUUGGGAGACGCAGAACUAUAUGGCUCGCCAUGGUCUUCGUAAUUGUCGGAGCUACACUUCAAACGUCAGCUUUUACAGUACCUCACCUUGUGGUUGGCAGAAUAAUAACAGGCGUGGGUACUGGAAUCAAAACUUCGACUGUGCCCAUGUACCAAUCUGAACUUUGCGAUCAGCGAUCUCGUGGUCGUCUUGUCUCGGCGGAAGUUCUGUUUGUCGGUGUCGGUAUCGUGAUUGCAUACUGGUUCGACUUCGGUAUGUCAUAUGUGGGAGGCGCCAUUGCCUGGCGCCUACCCAUUGCGGCACAAAUCAUUUUCGCUCUCAUCGUGGUGAUCUUAGUCAUCGAACUCCCGGAAUCACCGCGAUGGCUAUAUAAACAUGGGAAACACGAAGAAGCGAUGGAUGUCCUUUGCAGAGUAUAUGACAAAGAGUCUUCGGAUGCUUACAUUCUAGCAGAACGGGACGCUAUUAAUUCCGCUCUGGAACUGGAGUCGGCAAGCACAGAAACCAAGAGUCUUCUAAGCUUAUUCAGAACGGACCGUGUGAAAACAAGAUACCGAGUCAUGCUUGCCUGGUGGGUCAUGUUUAUGAACCAGGCUGGCGGGAUCAAUCUCGUUGUUUAUUAUGCGCCAUCGGCUCUUGUUCAAAAUGUGGGCAUGUCAGCGAGACUGGCUCAAAUCCUUGCCGGAUUUAUCAAUCUAAUGUUUGCGCUCGGCUCAAUCGUACCCACACUUGCUCUGGACCGCAUGGGGAGGCGAAGAACAAUGAUGUGGGGGUGCACCGGCCUGAGCAUCUCCAUGCUGAUGAUUGCUGUUCUCCUAUCUCGCUCUCACAGCCCCAAUGGGCAAGCUUGCGCUGUGGGUGCCAUCUCGUUCUUCUUUGUCUACAUGUUUAUCUUUGGCAUGACCGCCAACUGCGUCCCGUGGGUCUAUGUCCCCGAGAUCUUACCUUUGCAAGCACGCACCCGUGGCUCAGCGAUCGGCGUUAGUUCAAAUUGGCUGUGGAACUUCACAGUUGUUAUGAUCACUCCUGUUCUCAUCAACCGGCUACACUGGAAAGCAUACCUCGUCUUUAUGGCCACCAAUGCGGCUUUUGUGCCUGCGUUUUACUUUUUCUUUCCGGAAACCAGCAAUUUGCGACUUGAGGAAAUCGACAUUAUUUUCACGCGUCCUGGUAACCCGGUGCAGAACGCUCGGGACAUGGCGAAGGAGAUGAAGCUGUUUGGCCAUAUCUCUGAGGAUACAGUUGGCGUGUUCGAACCCUCCCCAAUGAUUGAGAAGCAUGGAAGCGACGAGCUAUGCGAACAUGCGUAGGUGUUGAAGAUCCGCGAAUUGGAUGCCUUUGGCGUCAGGCCUGCUACUUAGUAGUAGUUAGUCAGUUUGCUCUCUCCCUUCUCUGUUCUUCCCUCCCUCCUAU